CAGUAUACCGCGUUAUGGCGGAUGGCGCUUCAGUAAAACCUAAAGAAGAACAGGCGCUGAAGAAGAAAAAUAACUAGCAUCAGGGCGCUAGAACGCAACCAAGUACAUAUAGGCUAUUUGCUAUAGUUAUGGCGCCCCUAGAUUUGGAUAAGUAUGUAGAAAUAGCAAGACACUGCAAAUACUUGCCAGAAAAUGAUCUUAAGCGUCUGUGUGACUAUGUAUGUGACUUGCUGCUUGAAGAGUCUAAUGUCCAACCGGUUUCUACGCCUGUUACCGUUUGCGGUGAUAUCCAUGGCCAGUUUUAUGACCUCUGUGAGCUGUUCAGGACUGGAGGACAAGUUCCAGACACAAAUUACAUUUUCAUGGGAGAUUUUGUGGACAGAGGCUAUUACAGCUUGGAGACGUUUACGUAUCUGCUGGCCUUGAAAGCAAAGUGGCCAGACUGCAUCACUCUUCUCCGGGGGAACCAUGAGAGCAGGCAGAUAACACAAGUGUAUGGAUUUUAUGAUGAGUGCCAAACAAAAUAUGGAAACGCAAACGCAUGGCGAUAUUGCACAAAAGUGUUUGACAUGCUAACUGUGGCAGCUUUGAUAGACGAGCAGAUCCUGUGCGUUCAUGGUGGCCUGUCUCCUGACAUCAAGACCUUGGACCAGAUCCGCACUAUUGAACGCAACCAGGAGAUUCCUCAUAAGGGGGCCUUCUGCGACCUGGUCUGGUCCGACCCAGAGGACGUGGACACCUGGGCCAUCAGUCCCCGAGGCGCCGGCUGGCUGUUUGGCUCCAAGGUCACCAACGAGUUUGUUCACAUCAACAACCUGAAGCUUAUAUGCCGCGCACAUCAGCUCGUUCACGAGGGCUACAAGUUCAUGUUCGACGAGAAGCUGGUCACGGUAUGGUCCGCACCAAACUACUGCUACCGCUGUGGAAACAUUGCUUCCAUCAUGGUGUUUAAGGACGUGAACAGGCGAGAGCCGAAGCUCUUCCGGGCUGUACCGGACUCUGAGCGGGUCAUACCACCUCGAACAACAACCCCGUACUUUCUCUAAUUUAGGAGACCAUUUAUUUCUAUUCUAUCCUCUAUUCUCCAAAGCGUUUAUUUUUUUGGGUUCUUUUUCUUGCUGAAAGUAAACAUGACUUCUGCCCCAACCACAUUAUUUUGAUUCAGCUUAAACCAAAUUCAUUUAUAUGCAACAGAGUUUCAAUAACUUUCAUGGAGCCAUUGGGUCAAUGCCUCAGGUUCAUCUUUCUGAGGUUUCUUUUAGGCUGUGGUCAACACAAAACAGGAUGCAGUACAAUAAAAUGUCUCCCCUAUUAAGGUACUUGUAAUUAUUACUCAACAUCUAUUGGCUAUACGCUAACAAAAAUAUAAUUUCUUUGUCAAACAUUGGUAACAUUCAAGUGGAAAUUUGAACUUGGAGUUACAUAAUCACUCCCGUUAUAAAUUAUUUUACAGUUUACAGACAUGCAAAAAAGAAUUGUUUCUUGUUUUUGUGACCUCCAUAAUUUUACUGGUUUAAUUUGAUGGUGGCUUUUUAAGAACUUAGCAUUAAACAAAAUGUGUCUUAAAUGGGAGGAAAUGUAUUGCUGUAAUAACAAUGUUUUUAGUAGUGGGGGGGGGGGGGGGGAAGGAAGAAACAAAGCUACGACAACAUGCCUUCAAAAAGUUGUUUUCUUUUAUUUAAUGUGUUCUACUUGAGUCACUAUAAUCAUAUACAGAUAUUACUUUGAUUCAUUUUAUUCACAAAAUAAAUCAUAGAUGUACAGACAAUA